AUGUCUUUAGUGUUAAGUAAUUUGGAAACUAGUACAUUAAACAUUCAGCAAAAUGGUAUACCUCUACAAUCACUGAUACUUUCAAGAAUAACUACAAACAUUCUAUCUUGCAGGUUGGCUGAUUCACGAAACGAUCAAAGCAAAACAAUUGGAGAAGACAGAUCAGAAAUGACUCUCAGUCCACAUGUAACUCACUUAUCAGGCGUUUGUAAGCGUUCUCUAAAAGGAUAUUUAGAGGAAAAUCACCUUGGAGUAUUUGACUGGGAUAAAAAUGUCUUAACAAGGGUUGACAUUAAGUAACCGGCCAAUAUGACUCCCUACUGCCCAUUUUAAAAAAAUUGUGGGGUGUGAAUGAAAAAUUUAGGUAUCGUUGAUUGGUGGACUUGUUUUGCAAGUGUGUGCUCAAGUGAUAAUGAACAAACAUUUUGUCA